CGGUUACCACGGCGACGGAAAUCAAAGCGUGUUUGAAGGCUAGAGAGAGAGAGAGAGAUUCAGAACCAUGAUAAAAGUUUCGGAAGUCGCCUGAUUGUUAUAAAGUUGCAGUUGUGUAUGGGUGUGUGUCUGUAAGAGUAUCCGCUGUGCUCGUGGUGUGAUCAGGGCAGUUUGUCGGUGAGUGUCGGUCAGCUGGUCUUGUGCAUGUCGGUUGGGUGAUUAACUGGGACAAACUUAUUAGACAUAGACAAAAAAAAAAAACAUAUCACCAAGUUUAACUCGUGGUUUGAGUUUGAAGCGUCCUGAAGUGGAUCAGUGAGUCGAUUCCAGCUCAUUAGCAGUAAUUAUUACCGUCGGUAUGAUCCCUGAAUAUCCGUCUCGGAGCGUCGAGGCGAGGAACCGCGGUGGCCGGUGGCGUGAAGGCGCUCAGGGACGCUCCGGGUUACUGUGCGCCAUCCACAGUGUGGUCAAGAAAGAGCCGUUCACCGAGCAUUACACCCUCAUCCCGGGAAAAGAACUGGGCAGGGGGAAGUUUGCAGUGGUGAAGAAGUGUGUUGAGAAGAGCACCGGCCGAGAAUAUGCUGCCAAGUUCAUGAGAAAAAGGCGGAAGGGCCAGGACUGCAGAGCGGAGAUCAUUCAUGAGAUCGCUGUGCUGGAGCUGGCAGCAUCGUGCCAUCGAGUGGUCAACCUGCAUGCAGUCUAUGAGAUGCCCAGUGAGAUGGUGCUCGUUUUAGAGUUUGCUGCUGGUGGAGAGAUCUUUAACCGGUGUGUGGCAGAAAGAGACGAGGCAUUUAUAGAAGAAGAUGUGAAGCGGCUGAUGAGGCAAAUCCUUGAGGGUGUAGCUUUUCUUCAUAAGAACAAUGUGGUUCAUCUGGAUCUGAAGCCACAGAACAUUCUCCUGACUAGUGACAAUCCUCUUGGAGACAUUAAGAUUGUGGACUUUGGGCUCUCAAGGAUGGUGAGCAGUAAUCAGGAGAUCAGAGAGAUCAUGGGCACACCGGAAUAUGUCGCCCCUGAGGUUCUCAGUUACGAGCCCAUUAGCACAGCCACUGAUAUGUGGAGUAUCGGCGUCCUUGCGUACGUGAUGCUGACAGGCAUGUCUCCGUUCCUCGGAGCGGAUAAGCAGGAAACCUUCCUCAAUAUCUCCCAGAUUAACGUCAGCUACACAGAGGAGGAACUGGAGCAGCUGGACAAAGCGGCCAUCCACUUCAUCAAGUCUUUACUCAUCAAGGAGCCUGAGGAUCGUGCCACUGCAGAGGAGUGCCUGAAACACCAAUGGCUACAAACACAGGAGACAAACUCUGCAAAAGAAAAGGGAAAGAUCACAGCCUCCUCCAUCCCUGAGCCAGUCGGCACGGCUGUCUCCACUCAGCACAGUGACGAGGAUGUCAAGGAGGAAAGCAGACUGACUGAGGAGCUCAUCGUCAUGGCAGCGUACACUCUAGGCCAGUGCAGGCAGUCCUCAGACAAGGAGAGCCUGACCCCAGAGCAGAAGGCUAUCUCAAAGCGUUUCAAAUUCGAAGAGCCCUUCCCAGGCCUGCAAGAGGUGCCAGGAGAUUUCAUUUACUAAACCCUACAAUGGCCAGCCAGCCAUUCAGCUCCAACUAACGCUGCACUUCUGACAAGCCUCUUUUUUUCGUGACAACUUCUUAACUUUUAACCCACUAUAUUAAGCCAAAUUGUAUUUGUUUUAAAUUUUUAUGUUCAUUUUUGCUGUUUUAUUUUUAUGAAAUAUUAUUAUAAAGACUAAGCCUUUGUAUGGUACAUAGUUGCUCUCUUUUGUGUGGUGUUUUCCCCCCUGAGUGUGCCAUGUUUGUUCAUAUCUCUUCUAUACAUCUAUUCCUAGUUUUCCCCAUUUUCUCAUUUCCAUUACGUUUUCUUUGCUGUUUUGGUAAAUGUGUAUGUGUGUUUGCAGGGGGAGAGCAGGGCUGGUGGAAUUAUAUGUAAAUUAAACUAAUUUUAAGAGUUACAUCUGUAUUUUUUAAAAAGCCAUGUUGCGUGUUCAGUUCCUGACAGGUUCUUGUCUGGCUGCUAGUAAGGUAAUAACCUCUAGAAAUUUUAUUUCUCUCUCCAUGACCCAGUGUAUAUUAUUGCCUUUUUAAAUGUCUGUUCAUUGUGAAUUGGUCAGUUUAAAGAGUAUAUCUUUUAAAUGACAUCACGUUUUGACAGUGAUUGUCUUGAUGUUGUAAAUAAAAUUUCUCUUUGAAGAA